AUGGCCCAUCCUCAACCCUCGCCGCCCGGAGGCGUGCCUCCCCAUCAUGGUCCUCUGGCAGUUCACCCACAGAUGAACGGUCACCUGUCUGUGCAGUCGCAGGCCCAGAAGGGCUCGCCGCUGACAACUGCGCAAAAAAUCGCUGCUCUGAACGAGCAAGUGUGGCUUCAAAUCGGCAGUCUGACUGAAUUGAUGGGCGACCUCGAUGGCGGUAUGAGUGCCUAUGAGCAGGCACUCCGACACAACCAAUGGUCCAUCCCCGCGAUGACCGCCAUUUCCCAGAUCCUGCGGACUCGGGAGCAAUUCCCCAAGGCCAUCGAAUAUCUACAACAGGUUCUCAAACUAGAUCCUCAGAGUGGGGAGACCUGGGGCAGCUUAGGUCACUGCCACCUUAUGAUGGACAACCUGCAGGAAGCCUACACUUCCUAUCAGCAGGCGCUCUAUCAUCUCCGAGACCCCAAGGAACCCAAACUGUGGUACGGUAUCGGCAUUCUCUAUGAUCGCUAUGGGUCUCUUGACCAUGCCGAAGAGGCCUUUUCUCAGGUCAUGCGCAUGGCGCCAGACUUUGAGAAGGCCAAUGAAAUCUAUUUUCGCCUGGGAAUCAUUUACAAGCAGCAGCAAAAGUUCAACCAAAGCUUGGAAUGCUUCAAAUAUAUCGUCAAUGACCCUCCACGCCCCUUGACCGAAGAAGACAUCUACUUCCAGAUUGGUCAUGUUCAUGAGCAGCAAAAGGAUUUUGACGCUGCCCAAGCGGCCUAUCGCCGAGUGCUCGAUAAAGAUCCGAAUCACGCCAAGGUGUUGCAACAGCUCGGAUGGCUGUACCACCAACAGAGCACCAGUUACGCAAGUCAGGAAAAGGCCAUUGAAUAUCUGGAGAAGUCGGUCAGCGCAGAUAACAACGAUGCGCAAAGUUGGUACCUCCUUGGUCGUUGCUACAUGUCUCAACAGAAAUAUCCAAAGGCGUACGAAGCCUACCAACAAGCUGUCUACCGAGACGGGCGCAACCCUACAUUCUGGUGCUCAAUUGGUGUUCUCUAUUACCAGAUCAACCAAUAUCGCGAUGCUCUUGAUGCUUACUCCCGUGCCAUCCGGCUUAACCCCUACAUCUCGGAAGUAUGGUAUGACCUUGGCACGCUGUAUGAGUCGUGCAACAACCAGACUGCCGAUGCAUUGGAUGCGUACGGUCGCGCGGCUGAUCUGGAUCCUACGAACGUUCACAUCAAAGCUCGCUUGCAGCUCCUUCAAGGCCAGGCUCAAGGCCAAACACAGGCCAGCGCCCCGGCACCGGUUCCACAAGAUAUUCACCCACAAGCCUACCAGGGACCAGGGGUUGGAGCGCCACCCGCUCCUCAGUGGGGAGCUCCUGCUCCAACCGGCGGCCCGCCUCCUCAAGCACCAGCACCACCUCGCCAGAUUGCUGACUGGAAUCGUGGCAUCAAUGAACUCCAGAAUGCGGCUCCGCUUCCUCAUCAGCCGUCAGCAGCCUACGAUCAGCGUGAUGCUCUUCGCGGUCCCACUGCUGUGCAGCAUCCGAGCCCUCGCCAGGAAGCCGUGCGAUCUUCUUUCCCAGAGGCUCGUGGACCACAGAUUCCCCCCCGUUCACCAGCGCCCAAUGCGUAUCCACAGACUCACACUUUACCUCAGCUGGCGCCUCCGGCUCCAGGUACGCAUGAUCGCGCUCCUAACGGUGCUGCUUUCCGCGGUCCGAAUGGCGCGCCAGCUCCUGGAGCUGCUCCUCCCUCUUAUGUUCGUCCAUUCACUCCUCCCACUGAAAUCCGCCCGAUUCGUGAUAUUGGCGAUCGGCCAUCUUCACCGGGCCCUACGUACCCUCAACAGCAAUUCCAUUACGGACCUAGUCUCCAGAGCAGUGGCGCUAGUACAGGCAUUGCCAGUGGCGCGCCUGCUCCUGCUACCGCCCUGACAGCUGCUGAUGCUGCCGCACGUGACCGUGACCGUGAUGACCGCCCUCCGUCUGCGAUGAAGCGUGGUCGUGAAUGGGACAGUGCUGAAGGAGCGCCGUCAAAGAAGAUUGCCAAUGAGGAAAGCCGCCUUCGUCAGGCUGAUGAAAUCAACCGUCGAGUCACUCCUCCUAGAGAACUGCACCGACGUAGCUCGUCAGAGGUUCGUCGCGCCAAUGAGAACUACCAUCCUUCAGAAGCAGCGCAUCACCCGCACACUCUCCCAUCUAUUCAGCAUAUGCAGCAGCCUGGCGGUCCUUCUAUUCCGCCACUAGCUGAGGCAGCUCCGUCUGGAUCUAACCCGCCUUCUGCGGGACCGGACACGCAGACUCCAGUGAAGGAAGAAACAAUUCGCAAGGAACCAGCACCAUUGCAUGAGCCUGCUGCUCGCAAGAUGGAAGUUGAUGAGGACUACGACGAUGACGGUGAUGAUGAGAAGCGCGCCGCGACGGGAAUCAAGGGUAGCCCUCAUGGUAAUGGUAACGCCAGUGCAAGUAACGGCAGUUUUGCUAACGGCAAUGGCACGGCCAAGGCGGAAGCAGUCUAG